AUGGUAUCGUUUGAAAGCACUUGUGUUUUGUGUUUUAUCUCGCUUCAAGUGUAUUCUGUGCUCAUAUACUGGAAAUAUUUCCUGGUAAUUUCACUGGUCUAUUGUACACUGAGACUGACCAGUAACAGUUUCCGACACAAGCUGGACAUUGGCCGUAAAGGUGUUCUCGUCACAGGAUGUGAUACAGGAUUUGGCCACAUUCUCGCCAAGAGUCUUGAUGACUGGGGAUAUACAGUAUAUGCUGGGGUCCUCAGAGAGGAAAGUACAGGGGCCAAGACUUUACAGGCACGUGAUUCAGGCAGACUUCACGUGAUCAAACUCGAUGUCACUAAAGACGAAGACAUUAGUCAUGCUCUGGAAUACGUUAAAGUGACCGGACAAGGAUUAUGGGCCAUUGUCAACAAUGCGGGAAUUAAUUUUCCUGCUGAUGUCGAGCUAGCGACUGUGGACCAAUACAAGAAAUGUGCUGAAGUUAACCUUUACGGCAUGAUUCGAAUCAUCCGAGGAUUUCUUCCUAUGAUCCGGAAAUCAAAAGGACGAAUUGUAAACUUGUCUAGUGUGAAAGGUCGGUAUUCCUGGCCAGGUGAUUCCGUAUACAUCGUUACCAAACACGCAAUAGAAACUAUGAGCGACUCUCUGAGACUUGAAAUGAAGAAGUUUGAAGUGAACGUCUCAGUUGUGGAGCCUGGACAGUAUGACGGAGCCACGUCAAUUACUGGUGAGAAACAGGUGAAACGAAUAAAGAAGGAGGUAGACUACAUGUGGGAACAGGCCUCUGAGGACGUCAGACAGACUUACGGACGUCCGUACUUUGACGCAAUUUACCAAGAAAUGGAGAAAGAAUCGAGAAAGGAUCGGACGAUGUCAGCAGAUAAGGUAAUGAAUGCUAUAGAAGACGCCAUCAUUGCUGCAACUCCAAAGGCUCGCUAUCUCAUCGGUGGAUCGUUCUCUAUCGUGGACAAACUAGGGAUACUUGCGAGGGUUUAUAACUUCCUACCAGAAUUUAUUUCCGACUGGAUUGUUGAGUUGAUGACCGGAUGCUCCAGGUUUCCACGUUAG